AUGGAACAAAGAAAGAAGAAUGCUACUGGAAUCAACAAAGUUGUUGCUGUUAUAGAGAUAAAGGAAGAAACCAACAAGAUGAUUGAUGAGAAAGCAAUAGCUCAAGUCUUGAAGUCUGAAUUGCAUAAGAUUCUAGGAGGAUUCAAACCUCAAACACUAGCACUCACUAAUGGAAACUAUGUUGUUUACUCAGAGCCUAAGAAUUUCAAUGAAGCCAUUAAAACAAAAGAAUGGGUUGAUGUAAUGAAUAAUGAGAUUAAGGCCUUAGAAGAUAAUCAAACAUGGGAAAUUAAUGUACUUCCAAAAGAAAAAAGAGCUAUAGGAUGUAAACGGGUAUACAAGUUAAAACUUAAACAAGAUGGAACUAUAGAUAAAUAUAAGGCUAGGCUUGUAGCCAAGGGAUACAACCAAAUAGAAGGGGUAGAUUAUCUAGAUAGUUUUUCUGCUGUGGCUAAGGCAGUCACAAUUAGAACCCUGCUUGCCGUAGUUGCAAAACAUCAUUGGCAUCUACAGCAACUAGAUAUCAAUAACGCAUUCUUACAUGGAUUUUUCGAUGAAGAAAUUUACAUGUUACCCCCUAAGGGUUAUUCUAUUCCUAAAGAUCAUGUUUGUAAGUUAAAGAAAUCUUUGUAUGGUCUUAAGCAAGCCUCUAGGAAAUGGAAUCAAGAAUUCACUUUACAAUUAGAAAAAUAUGGCUUCAAUCAAUCUAAGCUUGACAUUGUCUAUUUACUAAACAAACUGAAAAAGGAUUUCAAAAUCAUCCAUCCUACACCUAUCAAGUUUUAUUGUGACAACCAGGCUGCAUUAUACAUCACGGCUAUUCCGGUUUUCCAUGAAAGAACCAAACACAUUGAGAUUGAUUGCCACUUGAUCAUGCUUAGUGGUACACCUCCUGUAACAUAUGGUCGAGGACGUGGUCAUGGUCAUGGCCUGCCACUUCUACCAAUUUCGUCGGAUGCUUCCCAAGUUGGGGAAUCAGUUCUUCGACCACCCACACCACCUGACACGACCGCACCGUCCCCCACCCUGUUUGACUGUCGCUUUCAUGAGAGCAUUAAUGCAGUCGUGACGGGGACACAUUCCCCACCCGUCGCCAUGUUUGAGGCAGGUUGGGGAUGCAAUACAAGAAAUGUUAACGUUGUCACUGAGAUAGAAAAGAAAAUAGAAGGGCAUAAUGUGUCUUCUAGGGGGAUAGAAGUAGAUAGGUCUAAAAUAGACGUCAUAAAAGCCUUGCCUUACCCCGCCAGUGUGGGGGAGAUUCAUUCUUUUCUUGGACAUGCAGGAUUCUACAACUUCUCGAAAAUCGCCCAACCAUUGUGUGCGCUGUUGCAGAAAGACGUAACUUUUGAGUUUGAUGAAGCUUGUAUGAAAGCCUUUGACAGGUUAAAGGACUCCCUGACAUCAGCACCAGUGAUUAGUCACCCUGACUGGAACCAUCCUUUUGAGAUAAUGUGUGACGCCAGUAAUCACGCCAUCGGGACUGUCCUAGGCCAAAAGAUUGGAAAAGAUCCCCACGUGAAAUACUAUGUCUCACGGUUGUUGGACACCGCUCAAAGCAAUUACACAAUGGAAAAGAACUUUUGGUUGUUCGAUGCCAAACACUAUGUGUGGGAUGAGCCUUACUUGUGGAAAUUUUGUUCGGAUCAAAUCAUUCGGAGGUGCGUUCCUGAAACUGAAACUUGUGAAAAUUGCCAAAAAGUAGGAAACCUUGGCCAUCGAGAUCAAAUGCUUUCCCCGAUACUUGUGUGUGAAGUAUUUGAUGUGUGGGGAAUCGACUUUAUGGGCCCCUUCUCAUCUUCUUUUGGCAAGACUUACAUCAUUUUAGGAGUAGAUUAUGUGUUUAAAUGGGUACAAGCAAAGGCCACUCGAGCCGAUGAUGCUAAAACUGUUGUGGAAUUUGUCAAGGCUAAUAUUUUUUCUAGGUUUGGUAUCCCAAGAGCAAUCAUAAGCGACCGAGGGACACAUUUUUGCAAGAAGGUGGUCGAGGCAUUGUUCAAGAAAUACAAUAUCACUCAUCAAAUCUUAACCACCUAUCACCCCCAAACGAAUGGCCAACCGGAGAUCUCCAACCGAGAGAUCAAAUUCAUACUCGAGAAAAUGGUGAAUCCUAACCGAAAGGAUAGGAGUACACGCUUGGAUGACACACUUUGGGCUUAUCGUACGACAUACAAGACCCUCAUAGGUAUGUCUCCAUAUCGUUUGGUUUAUGGUAAAUCUUGUCACCUCCCUGUCGAACUUGAGCAUAGGGUAUAUUGGGUGAUCAAGCAAUUUAAUUUGGCAAUGGAUGAAGCGGGAAGGCAAAGAAAGUUGCAAAUACAAGAACUCGAGGAAUUAAGGAAUGAUGCUUAUGAGAAUUCAAAAGUCUACAAGGAAAAAGCCAAAGCAUUCCAUGAUCGCACCAUUUCUCGAAAAGAAUUCAUUGUUGGGCAAAAAGUUCUCCUCUUUCAUUCUAAGCUCAAGUUGUUCCAGGAUAAGUUACAUUCUCGAUGGAUAGGACCUUUUGUUGUUAGUAAUGUUUUUCCUCAUGGCGCAGUCGAAAUCAAGAGUCCCACAACUCAUAAGGUGUUCAAGGUAAAUGGACAUCGGCUCAAGCCUUUCUACGAGGAUUUUCAAUCACUAACAAUUAAGAAAAUUCAACUUAUGGAGCCCACCUUCGCCUAA